ACUGGUAGCAUGUGUAGGGAUGCCCCCAUGAACAUUAGCUGAGCAGCUUAAACCUGAAAGUGGUUGUUGUUGAAGGAAAAAAAGGUACAAACUUACCAAAACAGAAAUAUAGAAGAAGACGACGAACGGUACAGAAACACCGCCACACAAGGAAAGCAGGAAAGGGAGAGAGAGAGAGAGAGAGAGAGAGAGAGAGAGAGAGAACUUGAAAGAAAGAGUUCUGUGUACAUAUUUUGUGUAGGAGAAGAAGAAGAUAUUGGAGAGAGAAAAUGGAGCUGAUGAGGAAGGAAAUGUUUGAAGCUUUGGGAAUAAUAGGGGGUUUGAUAGGGGUGCAGUUUGUGUACGCAGGGAACUCGGUGUUGCUAAGUUAUCUUAUGUCUAUGGGCCUCAAUCCUCUCACCAUUGUUAUUUUCUCUGCCUUUGCGACCUUCCUCAUCCUCUCCCCCAUUUCCAUCUAUUUUGAAAGGAGCAAGUGGCCCAAGAAACUCAGCUCGAAAUUGAUAACUCAGCUGCUUUUGAUCUCUUUUGCAGGGGUGACCUUAUUCCAGAGCCUUUUUCUAAAGGGGAUCAAGCUAACUUCACCAGCAAUGGCUACAGCCAUGCCAAACCUUGCUCCUGGCUUUAUCUUUGUCAUUGCUUGGACUUUCAGAAUGGAGAAGGUGAAACUGGGUUGCUUGUACAGCAAAGUGAAGAUAAUAGGCACGUUGCUCUGCGUUGUAGGUGCUCUCACAAUGAGCAUAAUGCACAGUACAGGCGCUGCUGCAAAAGAGGCCCGAAUUUCAUCUUCCUCACCUGAUAUUGACUUGGACAAAGACAAGAUCAUCGGCUGCCUCUACCUCGUUGCUGCAGUUUUUGCUUUGUCCAGCGGUGUUGUUUUGCAGGCAACAACAUUGAUUGAUUUUCCUGCACCAAUGUCAUUGUGUGCAAUUACAUCCUUGAUCGGCGUGGUUAUGACUGCUGCUGUCCAACUAAUUCAAGAUCACAAAAUUGAAUUGGGUUGGCCACUUCUGAGCGUCCGAGACUUGAUUGGAUUUUCACUGCUGGGAGGAUUUGUGAAUGGAGUAUGUGUAAGCUUCAGCGGAUGGGCAAUGAAGAAAAGAGGGCCAGUCUUUGUUUCCACCUUCAGCCCCAUUAGUACAGUCUGCUCGGUUAUUCUCUCAGCGGCCACCAUUGGAGACACUGUUAAUAUUGGAAGCCUUGCUGGCAUGUUGCUCAUGUUCAUUGGCCUCUACUUUGUGCUGUGGGCAAAAGGGAAAGAAGGUUACCACCAUGAAGAUCAGGAUGACAUAGAAAGUGAGUACAGUGCAAAGAAGCCUCUCUUAAGUUAGCAUAUAUGGCAGCAGAUAAUGUGCUACUUUUGUAUCAUAGUUAGAUACAGAAGGAAAAUGGAAUGUACUCAAGAAAGAACAUGAUAUAAUAGAUGACUGACUUGCUCAGAUGCACCUACAGUCAUGUUUAUUUCUAAUCAAAAUAACAAGCUUUGCAUAA